GCUACACACAAUUUCAACCAUGGGAAAAGUUUGUCCCCAAGCACUAGAAUCUUCUACUACCUGCAGUUUCACUUGCAAGCAAGAAACUUUUACCCUAUGGAUGAAAUCUCUUGUACUGAAUGGAAAAGGGUGCACUGUCUUUGAUUCCAAUGGCCAGAUUGCAUACAGAGUUGAUAACUACAACUGCAAGCAUAGAGCAGAAGUUCAUCUCAUGGACCAAAAUGGUGAUAUUUUGUUCACUAUGCUAAAAAAGCAAUAUAAGUUGUCCAGAUUCUGGGAGGGUUAUAGAUUUCCAGCAACAAGAAAUGACCACAAAGGACCAUGCUUUCGAGUUUCAAAAACUUAUAAGAUCUCUAAAGGGGGUUCGAUCUAUGAAGUUGAACUUGGUUUGGACAAAAACCAACCCUAUAUUCAUAAAAUAGAAAGCAGCACCUGCAAUUCAGCUUGCAAAAUAUCUAAUGAGGUUGGAGUGGUGGUUGCAGAGCUAAGGAGGAAGAAGUCACAUAGUGGAGUUGAUUUAGGAGAUGAUGUUUUCACAAUGGUAGUGGAGCAAAAUAUAGAUCUUUCUCUAGUUAUGGGACUUGUUGUAGCAUACAAUCUUAUAAACUCUAAAAUGUAAGUAUUUUGGAAGCAACAGUUUCCACAACACUAGUGAUUUACAUAUUGAGUGAGAAUUAUAGCACAUCGAUUGCUAAAUACAGUUUCUGUGUUGAGCUUUGCAGAAAAGUGUGCGUGUGUGAUUAAUCAAUCACAAAAUGAUUGAAAUCAAAUUUAAUUUCACUUUUGUUUUCUUC